AGCCGUGAGGAUGGAGGGGGCGGGAUGCAGCGGGAGAGGCCGCACGGUUCCGAGGGGCCCCGGGCGCGGGGCCUCCUUGUCGGCCGCAGGAGGCGCCGGCAGGAGCGGGAUAACCGGCUGCGGCAGCGCGCACGGACAGAGGCCUGGCGGGCCUGCCAGCCUCUGCUCCCGUCCCGGCCGCAGGGAGACAUCCGCCUCCUGCCGCUCCGCCCCCAAGCGGAGGCCACGGGGGCUGACUUCCACGAUGUUGAGAGGAGUUGCUCACGCUGCAAAAGACACAUUCACUCUUCUGUCCACAAGAUCUCAGCGCUGUAACCCAGGAUUGGUAUUUUCAUCAGUACGGCCUGAAGCAGCAAGCAGAAGCUUCCUAAUACAUUCCAGUUACACAACUGAUACAAAGUCAAGAGAGGAAAAUAAAAAAAUCAUUGAGAGUCUCUACAGUUUGUCAGUUGACAUUAAGAAGAUACGGAGACUGAAGGAAUGGGUCCUUCUCCAGGAUGUGGCCUAUGUUAAAGAAAUUGCUGGGAUCUUACAAGAAAUGGGAGCAGAUGAAACCGCUGUAGCCAACAUUUUAGAACGCUGCCCAGAGGCAAUUCUCCGCACCCCUGAAGAGAUAAACUCUCAAAGAGCUCUGUGGCAAUUAGUAUGCCAGAAUGAAAAACAGUUGAUUAAAUUAAUAGAGCAAUUUCCAGAGUCUUUUUUUACUACCAAAUAUCACCAGAACCAGAAGGCAAACAUAACGUUUUUUCAAGAGCUAGGACUUAAGAAUAAUAUAAUCACCAGGUUCUUGACAAGCGCACCCAAUAUUUUUUAUAAUCCUGUUGAGAAAAACAAAAACGUGAUAGAGACAUUACAAAGGAAUUAUUUAAAUUUAGGAGGUUCUGGAGCAAAUAUGAAGAUCUGGAUACUGAAACUAUUGAGCCAAAAUCCAUUUAUUUUAUUAAAUAACUCCACCACAAUCCAGGAGAACUUGGAAUUUCUCCAGAAGAAUGACUUCACUGACCAUGAAGUUCUACAGCUACUGUCUAAACUUAAAGGCUUCAUUUUUCAACUUAAUUCUACUACUAUGCAGAAGAGUAUGCUUUUCUCCAAAAGUGUCUUUAAUUGCAGUGAUCAAGAACUAAAAGAACUAGUGCUGAAAUGCCCAGCCCUUCUCUACUAUUCUGUUCCAGUUCUGGAAGAAAGACUUGAAGGACUACUGAAGGAAGGAAUUUCUGUAGCACAGAUUAGAGAGACACCAAUGGUGCUGGAGUUGACAACACAAAUUGUUCAGUACCGAAUUAAAAAGCUCUCCGCACUAGGAUAUGAUGUAAAGAGUGGAAAUCUAGAAAGCUUGAAUGGUACCAAGAAAGAUUUUGAAGUCACUUAUGGAAAGAUACAAUCAAAGAAGGAAAGACCAAUUUUUAAUCCCGUUGCCCCUAUACACAUAGAAGAUUAACUUGAAUGCUGUAUGCAAAAUAAAAGUUGGUUUUUUGAGAUGAAACAAAA